AUGCUGCCUAAGCUGCACGUAUUAUGCUGCCAAAACCCACGACCGACGCGUCGUUUCUCGAGUAUACGCUGUCCCCUCAAAACGUCUUCACAGAUUUGGUUGCAUUCGCUCGAGUGUAAAAGCUUGGCGCCGGAUCAAUUGGCGAACCCGGUCUGCCCUCACUCGGCGGCCGUGCGCAUCUUCUUACACCCUUGCUUGUCUCCGGGAGGUUCGCCUGUUCUCACGUCUCGAAGACUUGAUUUUCCGGCUCUUGAGCGGGCGACCGAAAAGGCGCAAAAGCUAGGCCUCACUCUGCGAGGAGUGGGAGGGAUCGUUGAGGAGUUGCCGUUCGAAUCAAGCUCCUUCGACGCAGUGGUAUCAACGCUCGUGUUUUGCUCCGUUCGCGACCCCGCGGCGGCUCUGCGAGAGGUAUCAAGGGUGCUCCGGCCAGGAGGAAAAUUCCUCUUUGUCGAGCAUGUCCAUGCGCCGGACGAAGGCUUGUCGAUUCUAGGCCUUCGGCAACAGCAAGAGUUGUUGGAUCCCCUGCAGCAGCUCCUGGCCGACGGGUGCCAUCUCACGCGCGAGACUGGCCAACUCAUCAGAGACUCCGCUGGCGAAUCACCGUCAAGGAAUCGGCUAUUCUCGCGAAUAGAAACCAUUGAGAGCGUACGGAUAAAGAGCAUGUGGCCUGUCUCCGAGCAGGUAUUCGGGGUGGUGGUGAAGUGAACCAUGAACAAUCCCAGGGCGCUUGAGCAAUACUCAUAAGUUUUGUACUUUGAACAAAAUCCGGAUCAGGGCCGUGUCGUCGUGUGCCGCAGCCUCUGGCAAGUGUGUACAGAGCACCGCACUUGUCACGCUGUGGGGUCGCCCAAACAGUAUUUCCAGCCGUCUGUUUGUGUCUGCAAGCGCCAGGCAGUGCCGCUGGCGUAGCCAGCAACGUGGCGUACGAAUUCGGGGAUGAUUGCACCCGCACAUGCGCUCCCAGCAAAAUAGG